AGACAAUGUUGCCAAGUCUCAGCAGAAACCCAACCUCGGCCAGGCGCAGCGAAAGCAGACACCCACCCCUGCAGUGACCCCCACUACGCUGAUAAAGGCUCAGACCAAGAGGGGAUCUGCCAGGAAACAAAGGUCAGUGCGUGAGCCGGGGAAAGCCGAUGGGAGACGGGAGCACGUGUCCAGUUCGUCACCCAACGUCACAAGAUGGCAGCGCCAGGGCUCGGGAAGACGAGAAACAGCGAGAAGACCUGCAAGCUACCUAUGUGCAACUGCUGAAGGAGCUGGAGACGGAGCGCGAGAGGCGGUGGAAAGCGGAGCACGCGGCCCGCCGGCUGGCCGACCAUAUCAAGGACGUGCAGGCCAAGCAGAACGAAGAGAACGAGCUGAAGAUCACAGCAGUAGCUGCAACAGGCAGACUGAAGGAGGUUCUGGUGAACGAGCGAGAUGCGAAAGUUCGACUUCAGGACCAGGUUACCGCCCUGCAGACGCAGGUAGCGGAGCUACAGGAGCAGCUGAGCAGAGCCCGCCAGGCGGAGGAUGCCAACAGGGCCGCGGUCCGCUCCUUGGAGGAGACGCUAGCCGGCCAGGAACGACAACGUCUGCAACAGCAGGCCCACGAGGCCAAGAAAAUUCAGGAAAGUGAGCUGCGCGCAGCAGCGCUGGCCAGGGAGCUGGAGAUCACACGGGGCAACAGCAAGGCUCAGAAAGGACAAAUACAGCAGCUACAGGAGCUACUAGCCACUCGAGAACAGCAACACAAGCAAGAGAUGGCAGAACGCUACCGACUGGACAGCAAAGAGCUGCGAGAGGUUCUUCAGAAGGAAGUUCAGCUUGUGGAGAAGAAACAUCGACAGGAGAUGACUUCUUGCCAGGAAAAGAUCGAGACCCUCAGCCACCAGUACUCGCAGCUGGAGGACGAGUUUCGUCUGGCGCUGCAGAUAGAAGCCGGCAAGUUCCGAGAGAUACAGACUGCCUUUGAACGAGUGAGCGCAGAAAACGCAGAAAACAAGCAACUCCUUGUAGCUGCACAGAAGAAGGACGAGAACACAUCAGUGAUGUUGUCAGAGUUGACGGCGUUGGUCAAGGAGCAGAAGGGGCGGAUAACUGAACUCUCUAGAGCCAAGCAAGAGCAGGCAAGCCAGUACAGGGAGCGCGUGGAGACUCUGGAGGCCAGCCUGGAGGAGGCUCGCAAGAGGAUGGUGCAGUUUGAACUCCUCAAACAGGAAAGCACGCGCUUACAGUCUACAGUACACGCCCAGGAGUCCAUCAUCGAAGGACUGAAGGCCGAGAGAAGACUGUGGGGUCAGGAGCUGGCUCAGCAAGGUGCUUCCCUGUCACAAGACCGCGGGCGUCUGGAGGCCAAGAUCGAGACACUGCAGCAGGAAAUAGUCACUCUCAAGAAACAGCUGGAGAGAGAGACCGACCUCGUCAAGAUCAAAACAAAGAUGGUGGAUGACCAGACGGAAACAAUCAGGAAAUUGAAGGAGGGUUUGCUGGAUCGAGACGAGCAGAUCCGGGCUGCACGGGAGGACACCCUCAAAGUCCAGAGAACGCUGGAGGAGCAGCUGGCUGAGGAAAGGGCAGCUCAUCAGGAUUUACAAGAAGCUCUGGAGGAAAUGAGACAUAGAAAGAAUGAUCUGAAACAACAGGUGUCUACACUGCAGGCUGAACUGGAAACUUCACAACAUGCACACCAACAGCUGAGUGCCCGAUGGCGGGAGAAGUCUGACCUGAUUGGAAGUUUAGAGAAACAAGUCUCCAAUAUGAAAAACACUUGGGAGGAGAGGGAGAAGCGACUGACACAAGAGAGAGAUCAAGCUAAGGAAGCAGCCAGUCUGGCAAUAGAGAAGAUGCGGAGCAUGGAUGACGGCUUUCGAAGGCAGCUUGAGGCAGCAGAGAAAAGUCACAGAGAGGAACUGGCACAGGUCACUCAAGAGAAGGAACAGGAGGUUCACAUUGCAGAGCAGAAGGUCCUGAUUGUGGAAGAAGAAAUGCGGCGCCUGUUGUGCGAGACAGAGCAGGCAAAGAGGACCAUGGAGGACAAAGUGAAACGCCUGACCCAAGCCCUGGGUGACCUUCAGUCUGAUCUUCUCUGACCACCAGGGAACAGCAACAUUUUCUGCCAGAUCUCAUCAUUCCUUCCCCUACCCCAGGAAAAAAAAAUUGAUGAAUUCUACAAUUAAACAUGAACAAACUGUCUUUUAAAGGCUAAUGCAUUGACAGUGUAUUCUAAAGCCCUUUGCCACUAAAUAUGCUGAAGCAUGUGCCAGUUCUUGCAAAUUUUUAAUAAAUUUUUGUCCUUGUA